CGGAUCCACAUCGGUGAGCAGGCUUAUAAUUUUCGGAGGGUCUCCUCUCAAGUCGUUUCAUUCUGUUGUGUCUGUUGCUUCAUGUCCUCGUGAUGUCAACUAUAGACCUCAAGCUUUCUCGAUCCAACCGUAUCUAUCGCCCAUCUGAACCUCUUGAAGGCAAAAUCGUCAUCAAGUCUCCAUCUACAAUCUCGCACUAUGGAAUUCGCCUUACCGUCAAUGGAUCUGUUAACUUGCAGGUUCGAGGAGGAUCUGCAGGAGUUAUUGAGUCCCUGUAUGGUGUCAUAAAGCCCAUCUCCAUUGUGAAUAAGAGCAUUGAGAUCAGAUCAUCAGGAAAGGUUGGUUCAGGUACAACAGAGAUACCAUUUUCUGCAAUUUUCAAACAACCUGGAGAAGAAAAUUUAGAAAGGUUUUAUGAGACCUUCCAUGGAACAAAUAUUAGCAUCCAGUAUCUGGUAACUGUAGAUAUAAUGAGAGGGUACCUGCAUAAGUCAUUAUCUAAAACUGUGGAAUUCAUAGUUGAAAGUGAUAAAGCUGAUCUUCUUGCACAACCUGUUUCUCCUGAAACAGCUAUCUUUUAUAUCACUCAGGACACUCAAAAACAUCCGCUGCUUCCUGAAUUGAAGUCAGGUGGUUUUCGUGUGACUGGGAGGAUAUCUACUCAGUGUUCCUUGUUGGAUCCUAUCAGUGGAGAGCUAACAGUAGAAAGAUCUGCAGUUCCCAUUUCCUCCAUUGAUAUUCACUUGCUUCGGGUGGAGUCAAUUCUUUAUGGAGAGAAAAUUGUGACUGAAACCUCUUUGAUUCAGACAACACAGAUAGCAGAUGGAGAUGUCUCCCAUAAUAUGACUUUGCCCAUUUACGUUAUCAUUCCCCGUCUUUUGACUUGUCCAACUGUCUUGGCUGGUCCAUUUUCAAUUGAGUUCAAGGUGUCCAUUGUUAUUAGCUUUCAGUCAGAACUGUCCAAAUUGCAUAAAAAAUCUGAUCCCCGAAAUCCAAGACUCUGGCUGGCAAUGGAAACUUUACCCCUUGAACUUGUCCGAACAAGUUUGCAGUUAGAAGAGAAAAUAGGAAGAACAAGCAAGGAAAACUAGUUAGCGCUAUGAUAUCUACCCUCGCCAAAUUAGGUAAAGUAGAGCUUGCAUAGAUCGUGUUUGAGACCCCUGUUAGUGAGGAUUAUGGAGACACUGUUUAUGCCUAUUCUGCUUUAUUUAGUGCUUAUUGGAGGAAUUAUUAUUGCAACGAGGCCAUUAAGAUUUUUAAAUUUUUCACAAAAAAUAACUCCAUUAUUCUUAAUUAUGGAUGUAAUUGACUUAACUAACCUAACCUCCUUAAUUAUGGCAAAUAAAGUGUCACGUAUGAUGCUAUGAAAUUACCUAACUCGCUUCAUUGUGCAUAUAUUUCAGUUUUUCUUUUUAGUGCAAGUUAGGGGGCAAUUUAUGCAUUCGGCCUUAUUCUAUUUUAGUAA